AUGGGUGGUAGAUUAGACUGUACUUUGACGUCUGGUCUCAUGCGAUCAUGUCUCCGUCCAUAUUCUCUCCGCUCAACUUAUAGCACCCGCUGUGGCAGUGGCCCAUAUCCGAUAUGGCCUCCUCUCGGUUCCAAAAGCCGACCUCUACGGCCGGUUGAAACAGCGGCUACUUCUAGGUUAAAAAGCUUGCCAAUUACCUCACGUCGAUAUAAUAGCUCAAAGACUGGAGAAGUUGGCGACCUCGAGCGUCGGAUCGCUGCUAUUCCUCUCUCGCGGUUUCGCAAUUUUUGCAUUGUGGCGCACAUCGACCAUGGCAAAUCCACUCUGUCCGAUCGACUCCUUGAGAUCACAGGCACUAUUUCCAAGUCCGAUGAGAACCGCCAAAUCCUCGAUACCCUCGAAGUCGAACGCGAACGAGGUAUUACUGUCAAGGCUCAGACUUGUACUAUGAUCUACAACCAUAAUGGGCUCGACUACCUGUUGCAUCUCGUCGAUACACCUGGACACGUCGAUUUCCGUGCCGAAGUAACAAGGUCUUAUGCGAGUUGCGGAGGAGCUAUAUUGCUGGUGGACGCAAGUCAAGGCAUACAAGCCCAGACCGUCGCCAAUUUCUAUCUUGCUUUCGCCGAAGGUCUCAAGAUUUUGCCGGUUGUUAACAAGAUAGAUAUGAAAGCUGCAGAUGUCCCGAGGGUUCUCGAGCAACUUGAAACUACUUUUGAGUUAGAUUCAAGCAAUGCGAUCGGAGUGAGUGCAAAGACUGGUCUCAAUGUCAAGGAAUUAUUGCCCGCUAUCAUCGAGAAUAUUCCAGCGCCGACGGGAGAAGAAUCAAAACCGCUCAGGAUGUUGUUGGUGGAUUCGUGGUACGAUAACUUCCGAGGUGUCAUAUGUCUAGUGCGCCUCUUCGACGGAACUGUGAGGGCUGGUGAUAAUCUUAUAAGUUUUGCGACUGGGAACAAAUAUACGGUUGGCGAGGUUGGUAUUCGUUAUCCAAUCCAAGUUCCUCAGACAGUCCUACGCGCCGGUCAAGUUGGAUAUAUAUACUUCAACCCCGGUAUGAAGAAAAUCCAAGACGCCAAAAUUGGCGAUACGUUCACCACCAUUGGCUCGGAAGACAUUGUUGAACCAUACCCGGGCUUCGAAGAACCCAAACCUAUGGUAUUCGUCGCUGCCUUCCCCACAGAUCCUGCCGACUAUAGCCGUCUAGCAGAUAGUAUCGGUCAGCUUGUUCUCAACGACCGUAGUGUUACUCUCUUCAAGGACCACUCCGAAGCUCUGGGUGCUGGUUGGCGACUGGGCUUUCUUGGUAGUCUUCAUUGUUCCGUAUUCCAAGACCGCCUUCGCCAAGAACAUGGUGCUAGCAUCAUCAUUACCGAACCUGCUGUCCAAACCAAAGUAUUAUGGCGUGAUGGUACCGAAACAGUCCUUCAAAGUCCCACCGACUUCCCGGAUAUGGAAGAUGGCCGAUCCCGUGGUGCUACCUACUUUGAACCGUACGUGCUUGCGACCAUGACACUUCCAGAGGAGUUCCUAGGCCGUGCCAUUGAAUUGUGCGAGGCCAACCGUGGUGAACAAGAGAGCAUCGAGUUCUUUCACGGCCAGCAGGUUAUCCUCAAAUAUCGUAUUCCUACAGCACAACUUGUCGAUGACCUUUUCGGUAAGCUCAAGGGCGCGACUAAAGGUUAUGCGACGCUCGAUUACGAGGAUGAUGGCUGGCGUGAGAGUAAGCUGGUCAAGUUGCAGCUACUCGUCAAUAAACAGCCAGUUGACGCUAUCUCGAGAGUAGUGCAUUUAUCUCAGGUGGAUCGGUUAGGUCGACAAUGGGUUACGAAAUUCAAAGAGCACGUCCAGCGUCAAAUGUUCGAGGUGGUGAUCCAAGCGGCCGUCGGCAAGAAGGUCGUAGCGAGGGAAACGCUCAAGCCUUUCCGCAAGGACGUCUUGGCUAAGUUGCACGCCAGCGAUAUCACGCGGCGCAAGAAACUGCUCGAGAAACAAAAGGAGGGCCGUAAAAGGCUAAGAUCCGUCGGCAACGUUGUGAUCGAACAAGAAGCCUUCCAAAGGUUCUUGUCGAAGUAA